AUGAGCUUUCCUACUUUGCAAACGACCGGCACCGACGCGCUGAACGACAUCGUACGGGAACCCAUAUCUCGAGGGUCUAUACCCGCCACGUUCAUCGGCGCAACCAACGCAAGGGAGACCAUCCACUUCGGCUCUGCUGGCGACAAGGUGUAUGGCAAGGCCGAAGCUGGGCAGGUCGACGAGAAUACCAUCGUCCAGCUAUUCUCGGCUACCAAGGCUGUAACUACGGUCGCCUGUGUGAUCCUGUCGGACCGUGGGAUCUUGUCCUUGGACGACCCCGCGCUGAUCAAGCAACACCUUCCCGAACUCACCGACUUGGAGAUCUUCAAAGGGUACGACGAGGAUGGGAACCCGAUGCAUGUGAAAAGACGGAACCGGGAGAUCACGUUGCGCAUGUUGCUUUCUCAUACAUCGGGCAUGUCGUACGCCAUCUACUCUGAUCUCACCCGCCAAUGGGUAAACGAAAGGGGUAACCCUCGUAUCCUUGGAGGAGGAGGCAAACGCGCGACCAUGCAGUCGCUCGACUUUCCUCUCGUCUACGAACCGGGCACGGGUUGGAGUUACAGUCCCGGUCUCGACUGGGCUGGAGUGCUCGUCGAGCGCGUCACCGGUCAGGAUCUCGAAUCGUUCUUCCGGGAAAACAUCUUUGUGCCGCUAAGGAUGACGAGCACCACCUUUUUCCCCACGGACGAGGUCAAGUCUCGUCUGAUGUCCAUGACCAAAGGUCUUCCCGAUCGCUCGAUCGAGUGUUUCCCAGUCAACUUCGAGUCUCACAACAUGCCCAGGGAAGGCGAUCCUUCCAAAGUCGGUCCUCUCCUCGCCGGAGGUGCAGGCUUGUACAGCACCGCACGAGACUUUCUCGCCUUGCUCAGAGCCAUCCUGGCGAGCGGUAUUCAGGGCAAGUUCCGGCCUGAGCACGCCAUCAUCUCCAAAGCCGGCCAUGACGAGAUGUUCAGGGACGUCUGCGCGUCCGAACAGACCCCCGGCGACCCUUACUCUGGGAAACAAAAGUUGUUGGAGAUCAUGGACAGUACCGGAUACCACGACAAGGCGCUGCUCGGCGACAAGUCCGGUUCCCACGUCGGACACGCCAUCGGUCUCUGCUUGAACUUGGCCGACUCUUCCAACGGACGAAAGGCCGGCAGCGGAUGUUGGGAUGGAGUCGCCAAGACCCCCUUCUGGAUCGAUCCCACCACCGGUGUGUUGGAUAUCGAGUUGAUCACCGUUGUAUAGUUUGCAUGAG